GGCGGGCAGCAUUCAGCAGGGCAGGAGGCGGGGCGCGCGGCAGUCUGCGUGUGUCAGUGGUGGAGUAAACACGCCCGGACCGCCCCCGCGCACCAGCCACGUGCCUCGCCUGGCCUCGCUGCCGCCCGCCAUCCAUCACCGCCCCGCCGCCAGGAUAUACCACUUGGCCGCAGUGCUUCCCCUUGGUCCAUGUGACGCCAGUGCCCACGUGGCCUUGCUCAGGGGCAGCGUAUCUCAGCCUUGCUCGGGACACCCAGGAGAGGCGCAGGCUUCGAGAGUGGACGGGCUGUUUUGUAUCGCGGGUCGCCGUGGUGAUGUGUUGUGUGUGACGCGUGGUGGUCGUGGUGGCGGCGGCAGGUCGUGGCCAUCGUGCGGCGCUCCAUCACGACACCAAUGAGACACUGGUGGCCCUCCCUGCGGCCCUGAUCCCACACUCCGCUGCUCCCCUACCGACACCUCCUCCCACGCCUCCUACAGCUGCCAUGCCCCGGGACCCCGCCACCUAGACACCCUCGCACCCGUCCGUGUGUCUCUGCGUCAGUCACUCCGGCACGAUGAGGAAGGCGGGACUCGUGCAGUGGGUGAUCCCCGCGGCCGUGUGUUGCUGUCUGGUGGGAGGCUGCGUGGAGGGCGUGCGCAUCACCAAACUGGACGUGCCCGCCGUGGCCCUCGAGGGUGACCAGGUGCAUCUCCGCUGUGACUACGAGGAGGAGAGCCCGUCGAGUUUGUACACACUCAAGUGGUACAAGAAUGAGCAGGAGUUCUUCAGACACCAGCCGGGACUCACACCCAGCGAGGGGGAGGACCGCUGCCGCAACCACCACCAUUACCACGUGGAUGGCGUCAGUGUGGAUUGCUGGGUAUCCACGGAGAAGGACGUGGUGCUGCAGGGAGUGACUGGCGCUACUUCAGGAGACUACCAGUGUGAGGUGAUUGGUGACUACCCGACCUUCAGGAAAGAAACACACAAGGCUAGGCUCACUGUGUUUACUGAGCCCCUGCAGAAGCCCUUGAUAGCGGGGGUGCGGGAUUCCUACACGCCCCUGGAAACUGUAAGCCUCACCUGCACCGCCACCAACAAGCAGUACCUUCCGCUUCUCUCCUGGCGCAUCAACGGAAACCCAGUGCCGCAGGAGUACGUGAUCAAUUAUUCAGACCGCCACGCCUUGGAUCUUCGCUUCGUGGCUCGCUCGGACCUCUUCGUGCGGGGCGUCAUCACCGUCACCUGUCUCGCUUCCUUCGGCGGGCGUCACCUGCAGGCCGCUGAGGAAACGCUGGCCAACGCUCACUACAGAGGCACGCACGAUUUCUACUACAAUGGAGGAACGGCGAGUGGCGGGGGAGAGGUACUGCUGACGGCGACGCUGCUGGCGGUGGUCCUGAUGGCGCUGUGUCGUCGCCUCUACUAGCAGCCCCGCCAUGUUUGUACAGAUGUAUAUACGUGUGUGUGAGCGUGAGUGCGUCCUGGCGUCUACUUAUCCCCUUCCCCCGCCCCUUCCCUCAUCGCAAGUGUAUGGCCGAAAAGAAACAUUAUAUUCCAUGCAAGUUCCUCGUGGCAGCUUCGUUACGUUAUCUCUUUUCUUUGCCAUUGGUUUGAAAAAUAAAGAUUAUAUACUCCCAUACUAAUCAGGGUAA